UAAAAUUAUAACUUGAAAAAUAUGAAUUCUCGAGCUCAAGAUGUCAACUCUCAAGUUGUAGUUAGUAUUCUGCAAUACAAUAAUACAAAAACUACACGAAUGUCAUGAACUAAUUCACAUUCAAAAUAUGUAUUUAUUUUAGGGCCGGAUAUGUGUAAUGUGCAAAAUGUUUGUCAUAGCUAAAAAUGAAAAACAUGUCUGCCACAACUCUGGAACACCUAAAGAGAUGUCAAAAUGUCAUCCCAUAAAGCCUCGGACCGUUGCCACAACAAGCUCCUUUAAGGAGUUGAUGCAAGAAUGUGGAGUGAAUGAUGAAGCAGACAAAGAGCCAGAAGAGGAAACGGAAUUAUUAGAUUUCAGUACUCAAUUGAUAAUAGAGGUUGAAAAAAGAAGACCUCUUUGGGAUGCUAGGCUUCCAAAAGCUGACAGAUACCCGCAAAUUAUUAACAGAUUAUGGAUGGAAAUAAUAAAUGUACUGAAUUGUGGGUCACUUUUCACAACUAAACAGUUAGAAAAAAAAUUUGGCUAUUUGAAAGAGCAGUACCGCAGAGAAAAAUCCAAAUUGAUAAAGCCAAGUGGUGCACAAGGUGGAAAACAAUUAAAACAAUGGAUGCAUUUUAAAAGUCUAACAUUUUUAGAUGAAGUUUAUGUACAAAAUAAGUAAUUAUAUAUACAUUUUAAACAUUUUAAACAAGGACAAAACAAUGUAUACAAAACUUUUUUUUUUUACAAGUACUAUUUCUAAUAUUGAAGUAUCUGAACCAGAUAAUGCCAUCAACAACUUAAAUAAGGGCAAUGAAUCAACUGCUGGACUAAGCUCAAAAAAAAGUAACAAAUCAAUUUAGACAUUAGCAGUGCCACAAUUACAAUUUUGAGGCUCCGUUUCAAAAAUAUUUUAGAGGCCCUUUUAGUUUUUACUGUAACAUUGGCGGAAAUAGGGGGGAGCUUAGCCACCAAAUAUACCAAAAGCCUCCUCCCCAAAAAUAAAAUAUAUAUUAAGUUAUUUUGGCUGUGUGGUAACCAAGCCCUUUGCUCGCAUUGAUGUAUAAAAUGUAAGCCCCCCUGAAAUUUUAAUGGAUUUCUUCUUAUAUGUACUUAAGACAUAAACAGUGGCAGAGACAGGCUACAGGCAUUGUGAGACUUCAUGUAUCAAACAAAAGUGUCUUACCCACUUGUCAUUUUUCUUUAGUAAUUGCAACUUAUGUAAUAAAAAAAUAUCUAACUUGCACUU